AUGGCUUCCAAGGCCAUGUGGGAAGUCGACCCGGAGACAAGGAGCAAGCUCGCGCAACUAGGGAAGAAAGAAGGCGCAGGGAACGACCGCUGCUGCGACUGCGGUGCGCCGUCACCACAAUGGGCUUCUCCCAAGUUCUCGACCUUCAUCUGUCUACAAUGCGCCGGCGUGCACCGCGGGCUAGGCGUGCACGUGUCGUUUGUGCGCUCGAUUUCGAUGGACGCAUUCAAGCAGAACGAGAUCCUGCGCAUGCAAUACGGCGGCAACAAGGCGUGGCAGGACUUCUACACCAAGAACGCGGCGAUCCCCUUUGACGAAGCGACGAUCAAAGAACGCUACGACAGCGAGAUCGGGGAGGAGUGGAAAGAGCGGCUCACGGCACAAGUGGAAGACAGGGAAUUCGACAAGGCUGCCUUCCUGAAGGAAAGACAGGCCAUCCUGCAGAAACAGGCGAGUCGCUCGGCCACGCCGGCCGGCGCAGUCAGGAACAACAGCGUCGCUAGUGGCGGUAGUCGCACAUCCUCCCCAGCGCCGGGCAAGCCCCGGAUCACAGCGGAGCAAAAGGCCCAAAAUGAAGCGUAUUUCUCCAGGAUGGGCGAGGCCAAUGCUACGAGGCCUGAACAUCUACCGCCCAGUCAGGGCGGGAAAUAUGCUGGCUUCGGCAGUGCGCCGUCGGAGCCGCAGCAGUCGCAGGGCGGCGGGGCGCUGCCCAGCGCCGACGAGUUCUCCAAGGACCCUGUGGCGGCUUUGACAAAGGGCUUUGGCUGGCUCAGUGCCGCCGUCGGCAAGCAGGCCAAGGUCGUGAAUGAGGCUUAUAUCCAGCCUACGGCGAAGAAUCUUGCCUCGACAGAUUUUGCCGCCCAAGCUCGCCAAGCUGCUCUCGCAGCAGGCUCGGGUCUCCAGAGUGGCACGAAGGGUGUGGCCGAGUCGUUCAACAAGUUCAUAGAAGGACAGGACGAAAGGGCCAGCGCGGCCGCAUCCGCGAGGCAGGCCGAGCCUGAGCGCAAGGACUUCUGGGAUGCCUUUGGUGUGUCUUCGGAGCCCCCCAAGGCCAGCUCCAGCAUUGGCACCAGUGCGAUGAAGAAGACGCCGCUCGCAAACCCGCCCAAGAAGAACAAGGAGGAUGGCUGGGGCGAUGACUGGUAG